AUGGUUGAGGAGGUGGCUCCGGUCGAGUACCGUCUUUCCGCUCAAUUACGAAUUCGAUUUCCUGGGCUGUAAGUCAGCGUUUUUUGAGGAAUCACAGGAUUGGAUUAGGUGUUAGUAGGUACAUCUUCGCUGUCGUCGACUUCUACCUCUUCCUCUACUUCUUCCUCUUCCUCUUCACCUUCCUCGAGGUCGUCUUCCUUGGCAGCGCGCUCGGGAGCGCUAUCUGCCAUCGGUGUAUCACCUCCAGAGUGUUCAGGUAAGGUUUCAGGUAUUGCCGUAGGUAUUGUCGUGGGAGGGGGAGUUGGAGCUUGCUGGAGAGUCGCAAUGCUAGUAGAAGUCUCCUCCGUUGCCGUUGGAUCGUCUCCGUAGAGGUAUGCGUCUUCGUCUUGGUCCAUUAUUGAUUGCUUUUAUGAGGGGUGAAUUGUGUGGAGUAAUUGGACAAGAGUAGCCGUGAUACCAGUGGCUGACGUUCGCUAUGGCAAAGCGUUGACAUCCAUCGUGUGAACUGGGCGGCACUCGAACUGGGAAUUCUGUGGCAGUGUUGGCAAGGUAGAGCAGGGUAACUUUCUCCCGUCUCCAGUGUUCUGGACAAUACAUCCCUACCUCGCGUUCCUUGAACCGCUGGAGUUGAGCCUCAACGCCACUGUCUAACUAAGGUAAGGUUUGAUAGCAACAUCAACACCUUGACUCUCUUUCAUUCAUUGCGCCUAUCCUUUCUACUCACACCACUUCAAAUCACCAGAUAAGGGCCUCACCCCCUCCUACAAUGUCACUCUUCGCGCAGACAAAUACAUCCACUUCGGGGACCCCAUCACUUUUGUAAUGAUCUCUCACAUCUCUUACAAGCUCUGGCGAAAUGCUAACAAUAGGUAACUCGCGUCGUUCAGCAGUGGGCAGCAGCAACAACAACAACAACAACAGCAGCAGCAGCAGCAGCAACAGACUCCUUCACUAUUUGGCGCAGCGUCUACAGCUGGCGGUAGCAGUGGAGGUCUCUUUGGCGGUGCGUCGCAGUCAGCUGCCCCUGCUUCUGGUGGAUUGUUUGGUGGUGGACAGACGCAAACGCAGACCCCAGCGACGGGUACUGGUCUUUUCGGUGGAGCUGCAACUUCGACUGCAAGUGGAGGAGGAGGAGGAGGAGGAGGAGGAGGAGGGGAGGGGGGGGGGUACCGUUUGGUGGAACUCUAACUUCUGCCGCUACGUCUGCCCCUCGAAGCGGCGGUCUGUUUGGAGCUCCUGCAGCAACUACCCCUACCAGUGGAGCCGCGCCCACGGGAGGACUUUUUGGUGGCGCUACUCAAGCAGCUACCCCAGCCCAACCUGCCGGAGGACCCUUUGGAGCCGGGGCAGCAGCACCAACCCCCGCACCUGCUGCCGGGGGCGGAUUGUUUGGUGGGGGAACUUUACAGCAGCCUCCUAAGCCUUCAUUGUAUGUCACGUCCCAUGUUAUAGAAAAACCGUGGCUCACGUUUAUAGCACUGGCCCUGCUUCUGCAGCAGCUACUCCUAGCAUUGGAGCAUUUAGUACAACAUCGGUAGCUCCAAGGCCCAGUGGAUUAUUCGGUGGGACUUCUCUAGGUACCGCACAGUCGCAGCCACAAUCACAGCAGCAGCAAAACGCAGUUCCAGCAGCGACUAUUGAUGCUUCAAAGCUUUUACCGACUACUAGAUUUGGAGACUGCCAUGCAGAGGUUCAGAGGAUCCUAGAGGGCAUUGAGUAAGACUUCAUUCCAUAUCGACGGAUUAUAGAUCUCCCUCGCUCACAUUCCUUGCAUGAUAGACAAGAGAUCCAAGAGCAGAUGCGCAUCGCCACAGCGCUAACUGCCCACUUCCCCUGCCACCGCGCAACCAUCAACUCUAUCCCCUCCGACACCGCAGUUCUAACCCACAAACUCGCAACCACCAAGUCCUUCCUCGCCGCCGACGAAGCAGCACUGAGCACCGCACGUCAACACCACAACGAGGACGAUGCAGCCGCAACCCUAUCAAUCCGCAACGUUGAUCUGUUCCGUGUGCCGCCCGCUCAGCGCAGCCAAUACAUCGCGCAGCAGCAGAACCAGCCCAUGCACGAGAACGACAUCACAAGCAAUAAGCCAAUGAUAAACUACUUCAACACGCAAAUCGCAAGGAUGGAUCAGAAGUUGAAUCUAUUCCUAGAGAGCGUGCAGGAGGUGGAGCUCUCGCUGCGCAGUGUUGAGCAACAGGCUACCAUGGGUAGUAUUGGUGGGGAAGAUCUCACAGCGCUCACCGGUGGAGUUGGAGGUCGGCAGGACGCUAGGAGGUUGAAUAGGACAUUAAGAGAGUUCAAUGAUGCGCUGAAGGACGUUAGUGGGAGGAUUGUGGAUUCUAAAGAUGGGAUGAGGGCUUUGAGAGCUAGGAGAUAGAUGGCAGAGCAUUUUAACCUUUAAUAAUAUGUGUAUUAUACGAAAAGUGAAGCUUUGUCAUUUUUUUUCAUUUUUUUUCAUCCUCUCUUUCCCCUUUAUCGUUUCUACGCGAUUACUUUUUUCUUUUUACGGUGGACAAUGGAUAGCGCUGGAUUGGGUAAAAGUUAGAAAGCCGCUUCGGUUCAUGGCCGGAAUGAGUGUCAGUAAAAUCAUUUAUUAGAUGCCUGUCGGUAGAGAUGCGAGAUGCCAAAUUUAACGUGGGGAUGCGAGCGCUUGAUAAACGCAUUAUCGGCAGUGACGGCAUGGAUUCGAGAGAGGUGAGUGUAUAUCAAUUGUGUAUAGCUAUAGUAUUGCGCGUCUCGACAAGAA